CUGGGGAUCCAGCCUUCUGCCUCCUACGGAAUGGCCAAUUGCAGGGAUUUCACGGCCCACACAGGCUACGAGGUGCUGCUGCAAAGGCUGCUGGAUGGCAGGAAGAUGUGCAAGGACGUGGAGGAGCUGCUGAGGCAGAGGGCCCAAGCCGAGGAGCGCUAUGGCAAGGAGCUGGUGCAGAUCGCCCGGAAGGCAGGUGGCCAGACAGAGAUCAACUCCUUGAGGGCCUCCUUUGACUCCCUGAAGCAGCAGAUGGAGAAUGUGGGCAGCUCCCACAUCCAGCUGGCCCUGGCCCUGCGCGAGGAGCUACGGAGCCUUGAGGAGUUCCGUGAGAGGCAGAAGGAGCAGAGGAAGAAGUACGAGGCUGUCAUGGACCGGGUCCAGAAGAGCAAGCUGUCGCUCUACAAGAAGGCCAUGGAUUCCAAGAAGUCAUAUGAGCAGAAGUGCCGGGACGCUGAUGAUGCCGAGCAGGCCUUCGAACGCAUUAGCACCAACGGCCCCCAGAAGCAGGUGGAGAAGAGCCAGAACAAGGCCAAGCAGUGCAAGGACUCAGCCAUGGAGGCAGAGCGAGUGUACAAGCAGAACAUUGAGCAGUUGGAGAAGGUGCGGGGCGAGUGGGAGCAGGAGCACCGGACCACCUGUGAGGCCUUCCAGCUGCAGGAGUCUGACCGACUGACCAUCCUUCGCAACGCCAUGUGGGUGCACUGCAACCAGCUGUCCUUGCAGUGUGUCAAGGAUGAUGAGCUCUACGAGGAGGUGCGGGUGACACUAGAAGGCUGCAGCGUGGAAGCCGACAUCGAUGGCUUCAUCCAAGCCAAGAGCACAGGCACUGAGCCCCCAGCUCCUGUGCCCUACCAGAACUACUAUGAUCGGGAGGUCACCCCGUCGUCAGGCAGCCCUGGCGUCCAGCCAUCCUGCGGCAUGAUAAAGAGGUUCUCUGGGCUGCUGCAUGGAAGUCCCAAGACUAUAUCACUGGCAGCUUCUGCAGAGACCCUGACCCCAAUGCCUGAACACAAUGAGGUUGUCUACUCUUCCAUCGCAGUGAAGGAGGCUCCAGGGCCCCCAACCCUGCCAGCCCAGGGAUACAGGGUGCUCUAUGACUACACGGCCCAGAAUUCUGACGAGUUGGAUAUCUCCGCUGGAGACAUCCUGGAAGUCAUCUUGGAGGGGGAGGAUGGCUGGUGGACAGUGGAACGGAAUGGGCAGCGCGGCUUCGUCCCUGGUACCUACCUGGAAAAGCUCUGAGGAAGGGGCAGCAGCCCCCACCUGGACCUGCCCUGCCUCUGGGGCCAGUGGUACCCCUAAUCAUUGCCCUGGCCUUGCUGGGGCCCCAGGAUGGAGCCUGUCCCCCAGGAUAGAUGCUGGCAGCUCCCUGAGCUGUCUCUCCUGCAGGGAAUAAAGGAGUGCAUUUUUAUUC